AUGCCAGAGAGCAGCACAUAUGCUCCUUUGAGCUCAUCCUCCCAGCUUAACCUGGUCUGUGGUCGGAAGCAUCCGAAGGAGACCUCCCAGUCGGUGUACCUGGCUAGGCUUCUCAUUGGGGCGCUCACCUUCGGGCCCCUCUGUGACUGGAUUGGCCGCAAGGCCACUAUCCUGGUGUAGCUGCUACUCUUCGCCAUCCUUGGCAUGGCCGCAGCCUUUGUGCCCGGCUUUGAACUCUACACGGCCCUGCGCUUUGCUGUGGCCACGGCCGUCGUUGGAUAUAACUUCAGCAGCGUCACCCUACUUGCAGAGUGGGUGGGGCCCUGGCGGAGAACUCGGCCUGUGGUCCUGGCCCAGUGCACCUUCUCCAUGGGGCAGAUGGCCCUCGCAGGACUCACCCAUGGCGUCCAGAGCUGGAGGCUCUUCCAGAUGGCUGGCACUGCACGUCUUCCGCUCUUCCUUUACUUCUGGGCUCUGCCGGAAACUGCACGGUGGCUCCUGACCCGGGGGAGGGUAGAGGAGGCUAAACAACCGAUCCAGAGGGUGGCCUCAGUCAACAAGCGAAAACUCUCCCCCGAGCUCCUGAGCCAGAUGGUCCCAGAGAAGACCGGCCCCACGGGGAAUGCCCUGGAUCUUUUCAGACACCCCCAGCUCCGGAAGGUGACCCUGAUUCUCUUCUAUGUCUGGUUCGUGGACAGCCUGGAAUACUUCGGCCUGGGCCUCAAGGUGGGGGACUUUGGCCUGGAUAUCUACCUACAGUUAAUCUUCAGAGCGGUUGAGGUACCCGCCCGCUACUCCAGCAUCUUCGUGAUGGAGCGGUUGGGCCUCAAGUGGAGCCAGUUGGGGACUCUGGUUCUGGGUGGCGUCAUGUGUAUCACCAUCAUCUUUGUCCCGGCAGAUCUACCCGUGGUGGGCACUGUGAUGGCCCUGGUGGGGAAGGUUGCCACGGCGGCCGGAUUUACCAUCUCCUACGUGUACUCUGCUGAGCUCUUCCCCACUGUCAUCAGGUAAGGACUGCAGAUGGGCAUGGGGCUGGUGGGCAUCUUCUCGAGGAUCAGGGGCAUCCUCAAGCCACUCAUGAUCCUGCUGGGUGAGUGCCACACGGCCCUCCCUAUGCUCAUCUACGGCAGCCUCCCCAUCGGGGCUGGCUUACUCUGUGCCCUGCUGCCAGAAACACGUGGCCAGACCCUGAAGGACACCAUCGACGACCUGGAGCAGGAGUCCUGCCCACACUCUCUGAACGCAGUGCCCUCGGAAAAGGUCGAGGCCUCAGGAAGUACUUCUAGCCCAGGGGUGGCCUUUAGAGCAGCACGUACCUCUGAGUGUGUCUCCGAAGCCAGACCAGCAGCAGCAGAGAGCUGCCUAAACACUCCCCUGGGAACAGCUGGACCUAAGAGUCCAGCUAGCAAAACCAUAGCAGCACAUGAGCCCGACUGUCUGCUUUCUCUCUUCCUGCACCCCAACUGCUGGUCACGGCUAGAGAGAGUCACACUCCCGACAAGUCCGAUCUGUGAAUCCAUGGUCACCAGCGCCAACUGGGUCUUUAGCAGCACCUCGUAUUCCUACCAGCUUUUCAAGUCAGCUCGUUUUCCAACUCUCACCAGUGGCUAUUUCUAA